AUGGCGCCCUCCAAUACGACAUAUCUACCUACGCAGUUACGGCACCUCAUAUACUACCACAUCGAUAAUAACUUAAUGAAGAAUGCCCUCUUCCUCGCACAACGACUCGUCGCGUAUGAACACAAGUCUCCCGAGUCCGCUUUUCUGCUCGCACACUGCCAGUACCAGUCUGGCUUCGUCAAGGGCGCUUACGAUACAUCUUGGACGUACGGCAUAAGAGGCUCACAUCUUGGCUGUGCAUACAUCUUUGCGCAGGCUUGCUUAGAGCUGGGAAGAUAUGUGGACGGCUUGACAGCGCUGGAGAAGAGCAAGGUAUUAUGGCAAAACAGAUCAACAUGGAAUCAGCACACUGAGUCGCGGCGGCAGCAUCUCCCAGAUGCAGCCGCCGUGCUUACACUGAAAGGCAAACUAUGGAAGGCACAUAAGAACGACGAGCAGGCCGUAGAGUGCUGGGCCGCGGCACUGAAGUUGAACCCGUUCAUGUCGGAUGCGUUCGAGGGUCUUUGCGAUUCGGGCGUGCGAAUACACGUCCCCAAUAUCUUCAAGCUUUCGCCAGAGAUGGAGGCUGUGGCAAAGCAAGCUCAUAGAGCGGAGAAUACCCAAUUACCGCCAGAUAGACCGUCGGUGUCAUCUCAUCCACUCCAAUCACAUAGCACAAACAGAGACGCCACCGAUCCAUUCGUGGCGACGACAAAGCCUGGAGGCCAUGGUAGUACAGCACUGUGGGAGAAGCUGAACGGUAGCAAAGUGAGCGUGAAUACCCUCGGCAGCACCGCCGAAGAUGACGGCGCUCCGACGCCAUCAACAGUGGCCGAUACUGACGAUGGCUUGCUCCACGGCGGACCGGUAGGCGGAAUAUACGAACCUCCAGCAGCGCCCAUACGAAAAGCGCGAAGUGCAAAUGAGGUCACAGACCCUUUGUCGCGUUUCAAGACUGGUGCAAGUCGGACGAGGGCGAGAGGAAAGGGUGCUUCAGAAGAAGCCGCGAUACUGCCAGAUCCGGCGCCUCCAUUGGCUCCUAAUAAGAGAACAAUCUCCGGACACGUCGCCAACACGGCUUCGUCACAGGCGAAUGCAGAGGGCACAAGACGGAGCAAUAGACUUGCCGGUGGUGCCUCAAGACCUCCUAGUGCUGCCGGACCUGCUCCGAGCAAGUUAUCAUCGUUCACAAACUCGUUAGGUCUCCGCGAUGGUCGAGACAUCAAGAAGCCUCGAGCACCAACGGUCAAGGGCAGAGUUGCAACGACGUCAACUGUUGGUAGAGUCGUCAGUGGCAAUCGUCCGACGAGAACAGGCGCAACAGAUGCUAUGGACGCGGAAAGAAGAGACGCACAGAUACCUCCAGUGCCGUCAUUGACGCAUCACAAAGUCAGAUCGGAAGGCCACAGCGUCAACUACCACCUGGAAGCGUUGAAUACGCUGCUCGGUAUCGGCAAAUCCUACUACGAACAGGCACUGUACGCAGACGCCGAGAAAUUCUUCGUCCGAGUCCGCCAACUAGCCCCCGCCCGCCUCGAGGACAUGGAGAUCUACUCCACCGUCCUGUGGCACCUGAAAGCCGACAUCGAGCUCGCUUACCUCGCCCACGAACUCAUGGACAUCGACCGCCUCUCGCCACAAGCCUGGGUCGCAGUUGGCAACUCCUUCUCCCUCCAACGCGAGCACGAACAAGCGCUCCGAUGUUUCCGCCGUGCGACUCAACUCGACCCUUCUUUCGCCUAUGGCUUCACCCUGCAAGGGCAUGAACACAUCGCAAGCGAAGAAUUCGAGAAGGCACUCGACGCUACCGCUGCGCCAUCGCCGCCGACAGCAGACACUACAAUGCCUGAACGGCACUACCGCUCUGCCGCGAAUAUCAACCCCACCAACGCUGUCCUCAUCUGCUGUAUUGGCGUCGUGUUGGAACGACUGAAGCAGUACGAGCCGGCCCUCGCCAUGUACAGUCGCGCCUGCGUGUUAAGUCCUGGGUCGGCGUUGAGUCGGUUCAAGAAGGCGAGGUGUUUGAUGGUGCUGUAUCGGCCGAAGGAGGCGUUGGAGGAGUUGAAGAUCUUGCAGGAUGUGGCUCCGGAGGAGGCGAAUGUCUGGUUUUUGAUGGGCAGGCUGUAUAAGAUGUUGGGGAGAAGAGGCGAAGCGGUGGGGGCGUUUACCAGGGCUUUGAACUUGGAUCCAAAGGCCGCACAGUACAUCAAAGACGCGCUCGAGAAUCUUGAGAAUUCGGACGACGAUAUGGAAGAGGAUGAGGAUAUGGAGUGA